CAUCAAGUAGGCUCGCUUCGGUCGAAGCUCUCAAUUAUUAAACGGGGGCUUCAAAAUUAUUGUUUGUACUUACCUUGUUGCGAUGGGUGAAUCGACUACAGUAGUUGAUCCAAUACUUAAAGACGUGAUUGAUAGUAGCUGCGAUCAAGCGGAAUUGACACUUGACGAAGAACAAAUAAUUGGGCAUCUACAUGGGCUCGACAGGACAAAAUUACAUCGAAUUUACGAUCAAUUGAUUGCAGAAAAAACUGACAUCGCACAUUGGAAUGAUUUGCUCAAUAAAAAUGUUUACAAAUAUUUUGCACGUAAAAAGAGCUCUCAAGCACUUAUGAAAGACAAUCCGGAAGAUGUUGGAAAGCUUGAGGUCAAUUAUAAGGAAAAACUGUCCGAAUUGGGGGAGGUAAUUUCGAAACAUGAAAAGGUGAGACUCGAUUUACUGGCUCGUUUUGACGAUUUGCUUGUUGGUCGUAAUGAAUUGUUAAAAGGUCAACGAGAAUCGAUUUCAGCAUUCGAGGAUAUUGUUCGGGACACAGGAAAGUCUUUGAAAAGUCUGCAAAGUGGUCAAAAGCUUAGCCCUGAAGACUUGGAAAAUGUUAUGGCCCAGAUUCAAACUACCCGAAAGAAGAUGUCCGAAAUUCGACUAAAUUUUAUUAAAACUUUGGAUAAACACACUCAAAUGGAAGUGAAAGCGAUCGAACUUCAGGAUCUUGGUAAUGGUUUACGAAUGAAUGAUUUCUCUCAACUCCGAGAAGAACGACAAUGUUUGGAGGAAAAAAUUGAAGAGCGAAACAAUACACUGGAAAAACUGCGUUUGCGGUGCUUUGCGGACACACAAAUAAUAUCGCAUGUACGCGAAAAGAAAUACAUGCUGGAAGGCACUGAGGACGAAGAGUUACAGGAAGUCAAAGAAACUAUCAACGAAAUGGAUAUGACCCGAUCGUUUAUGCAUGAUUGCAACGCUAAAUGCGAGAAUUUGCGAAAAUUGUAUAAAGAAACUAGCACCAAUUGCGGACUACUCGACAAGCCGGAAUUAUUGCGAAACUAUGACGAUACGAAGUUUGAAUUCAAAAGCACCAGGGAGAAUGUGGAACGUAUUCGUAGCGAAAUCGAUGACAUCAACACGAAAGUCUCGAAUGCCACACGAAUCCUACGUCAGCAAAGGACCGCUUCACUGGCAGCAAUGAGUGAAAAGGCUACAAUAUUAAAUGAAACGCAAACGAAUGCAACAGUCAAAUCUACUUGUAUUUUGCAGUCAUCGCUACAAAUAAAGCCGUACCUUAUGCCGUCCUAAUCGAAAUAAUCUUCAAUGUCUAUGUCCGGAUUUAACAAAUCGUCACCGUAUGGCGUUACAUCUAACUCAUUCAGAAUCAAAUUUUCAGUCGUUUCUUCCAGCCCGGUUUCACCAAUCAAUAUCGCCCCAACCACUUUCCCAUCGACCAAAACAUAUUUUAUGUAUUCCAGGUCAGGUGUCGUUCUAAUCAAGACUUCGUAAUUUCUACCCAAAUCCUGUCCGUUAAACCUUCCAAGCAACACAACUUGGUACCCAAACAGUUGUGUCACGUGACCGAACAGUUCGAAACAGAAAUCCUGAUAGAUUUCGUUGCCUUCUAAUGCAGCAGCCAUACUUUUCCCAGCCAUCGAACCGAAUUGUCGAGCUUGUGUCCAUAGACGCAUUUGAAACCAAUGUUUUGCUUUAUCCCAACCAGCGGUGCAAACGUCACCAGCCGCAUAAACACCAUCAAUGGAUGUUUUCAUUAGCUCAUCAACAAGGAUACCGCCGUCGCCAGCUAAUUCGAAUGGAACGUCGGUGAUAAAAUUUAACGACGGAUUCACGCCAGUUGCCGAUACCAAAAAGUCGCAAAUAAUUUUCUCUCCAUUCGUGAGCGUCACCGCUAGCUGCUCAUUUUCCAUUGACAUUGAUCGAACUUCACAAUUUUUGUGCACCACCACACUAUCCGGCAUUUCCCUUUCACCUCCAUCUAAAUCUAAUGUUCGAUGCCAAUCGGGUCCUAAAGCGCCACCACUUUUGUUAUCGCUUUGGCCGUCCUCGUCAUAUCGCAGUCGCUUGAAUGUAGUUUUCGUUUCGCUUUGCACAUUGCUCUUGUUGCGAAUUUUACACUGAAAGAGUUCGGCAGCUCCCGGAUCUACGAAGGAUUGUGAUAUGAAGCUGUCUUUAAUCACCCAAUGGAUUGCAAUAUUUCGAAUUUCAUAGACGAUUUCCGAUGCGAUUCCACCAUUUCCAACGAUCGCAAUUCGUUUACUAUGUUUGAUUCGCUUCUGGAAUUCCAAAACGGACUCUGUGUCACGGAUGCCGAUAACUAGUGGAUUAUCGGCAGCCUGAUCAAUCAGUUUGGGCCGAGCACCGGUGCAUAGACACA